AGUUGGCAUUCAAACUUUCUACCGCUGAGAGAAAAGAAAACAAACUGAACAGAACUUCAGAGUUCAGCAACCUACCAAAGGGAUUUCCUCAUUUCAGCUCCACACACCCCUGGUGCGGCACACUUUGCCUGGAUCUUCCUUCUUCUUGUUCCUGAUUUGAAUUUUGAUUUCCUUGGGAACCAUGAUGUUCACCGGCUUCAACGCGGAGUGCGACUCUUCCUCCCGCUGCAGCACCGCUUCACCGUCCGGGGACAACCUGGGAUACUAUCCCUCCCCAGCGGGGUCCUACUCCAGCAUGGGCUCCCCUCAGUCUCAGGAUUUCACUGACCUGACAGCAUCAAGUGCCUCCUUCAUCCCCACUGUCACGGCCAUUUCCACGACCCCGGACCUGCAGUGGAUGGUCCAGCCUUUGGUCUCCUCGGUGGCCCCCUCACACAGAGCUCACCCCUACGGCUCCAGUGACAGCCCUGCCUACCCCAGAACCACAAUGAGGUCUGCAUCCAAGGGUCAUAACUCCAGGAGGAGCAGAGAACAGGUCUCACCUGAGGAGGAUGAGAAGAGGAGAGUUCGCAGAGAGAGAAACAAGCAGGCAGCAGCCAAGUGCCGUAACAGGAGGCGGGAGCUUACCGACACACUGCAAGCUGAAACUGACGAGCUUGAGGAUGAGAAGUCCAUCCUGCAGAGUGAUAUCACUAAUCUCCUGAAGGAGAAAGAGAGGCUUGAGUUCAUCCUGGCUGCCCACCAGCCCAUCUGCAAAAUCCCCUCUGAGCUGGACACAGACUUCCCAAUGAUCUCCAUCUCCCCUAACCACCCCUGCCUCGCCACCGGGCUGUCUUCCCAGUUGCAGACCAGCAUCCCCAGGACGUCCGCUUCCACUCUCGCUCAGCCGACUUACACCUCGACCUCCAACUCCAUCUUCUCCAGCAGCAGCUCCGUCCUGUCUACUUGCACCCUCUCCAGCAGCUCGGUGAAGAUGACCGACCUGGACUCCUCUGUCUUGGAGGAGUCUCUGGAUCUGCUGGCCAGGACGGAGAUGGAGACGGCGCGCUCGGUGCCUGAGGUCGACUUGUCCAACUCCCUCUAUUCAACUCAGGAGUGGGAGCCACUUCACGCCAAAACCAAUGACUUUGAGUCCCUGUGCACACCCGUGGUCACCUGCACCCCCGCCGGCACCACCUUCACGUCUUCGUUUGUGUUUACCUUCCCAGAGGCGGAGACCUUCCCCACCUGUGGCAUCGCCCACAGGAGAGGAAGCAGCAGCAACGACCAGUCCUCUGACUCCCUCAGUUCACCAACCCUGCUGGCCCUUUAAAGACUCUUCCAAAAUACAAUAAUACUUCCUUCCUAUCAAGCACAUUGUCUUGAGAUAGAUGUGCAGAUCACAGGGCUAUGGAAUGGACUCGUACCAGGCAGCAAAUUAUUUAUGAUUUGAUUUGCCUUUAUCUAUACUUGCCAAUUACACCGAUGUAGCAAGUUAAAAAGCAUGUUUUAACUAAUACCACCUAGUCAUUAUGAGUUGAUAUAUGAUUUUAUGGUGCUAGAUAACAAGUCAUUAUAGUAUCGAUGUGUGUUCAGAGCAAUAGUUAUUAUUGAUCCGGUUUGUUUUCUGGUUGAUGGCAUCUGAGAAUAAUUGUGAGCUGUUUGUGAAACUAAAAGAAAAAACAACUAAAAAACCUGACGUGCUUUGUCUUAACCCUGGUCUGAGUGGUCUAUCUUUGAGUAUAAGAAAGUUUUCUGUGAAAACAUUAGUGCUUUUAAUUUAUGAAAUGUCAAUUUAUUUUUUUUACCAGGAGAAAGAAAAGAUGAAUGGUGUUUGUAAGAGAUGUAAAUAAAAUAUAGUGAUAUUCAAAUUCAA